GGGCCGGGCCCGGCUGAGCGGGGCCGGGGCCGGGGCCGGGGCCGGGGCUGGGCCCGGGUGAGCGGGGCCGGGCGGGGGUCCCUGCGGACCCGGGCGGGGGUCCCUGCGCGGCCCACGCGGGUCCCCGUUCGCUGCGGCCAUUGCUGAAGCCCCGGUGCGAGCGGGCCCGGCCGGUAACCGCCGCGUCCCGCCGCCGGCAGGCAUGUGGUCCGUGCUGUGGGCGGCCGUGCGCUCCAAGGCCCCGUACGUCACCUUCCCGGUGGCCUUCGUGGUGGGGCUGGUGGGCUCCCAGCUGGAGUGGUUCCUGCGCGGAGACCCCCCGGCCACGGCCCAGGAGGAGAAGAGCAUCUCGGAGCAGCGGGAGGACCGCAAGCUGCAGGAGAUCGUGGGCGAGGACCUGACCAAGGUGGUGAGCCUGAAGGACAAGCUGGAGUUCGCCCCUCGGGCCGUGCUCAACAGGAACCGGCCCGAAAAGAGUUAAUAAAGGGUGAUUUGGGCAAAGGUGGUGCCCUGGAGCUGGGGACUGCCCUGACACCUGCACCGCUUCCACCAGCCUCCCUCCUGCACCUGCUGCUCCUCACCCUGCCGGGCCCUCCGCAGGGUCAGGUUUGCCACCCCAUGGAUUUGCUCAAGGUUUGAUUUCUUCCAUGGUGGGAAAGUAGAAGAAGUUUGGACCUGAGUGCCGUGGGAUGGGGUCAGGCUGACUGCCAGUGACAGGAAGAACUGCUGCCCUGCUUCCAGAUCCCCCGAGGCUCUUGAUGAACCCCAAUACAGCCCCACGCCACAAUGUACUGCAGCAGCCAUGGGGCUCUCUGGGGACCCCCUCCCUGCAUCAUCCCACCCAGGAACGGUGACAGGGGGAGGUGAAAGUCUUGGUCCUGCUCCGCUGUGGUGCUCUGAGCAUGGCAAUGUGUUGGGAAUGGGGAGCUCUCUGCCCUCUGCACAAUAAACUUCUGUCAGUUCUCGG